AAAGCAGUCGCUGCUCUGCUGCUCUUCUUCAUUCGUUGAUAGAAACCGUCAGGAUUUCACAGCAAGACUUAAUGUGAGACUGUGGUGCCUCAGGAAUGAGUAAAAGAGGGAGGAGGAGGAACAGCAGGUGGAGAAAGAGAUCCAGCAGCAGUAAGCAGGGAGUCUCAGCUUGUAGCUUUCAUAAGCAGAACAAAAGCAACACCUUUAGCUGCAAAGAGGACAAUGUUGAAAAGGGUGAGACAGACUUUCUUCAAAAAGAAAAUUUCCUGUCAGGAUCGGAAGAUGAGGAAAAAUACGACAGUGCUGCACCAAAGGAUAAAAGAGUCAAACUGGAUCAUCAUGGGAAUUCAUUUACAAAACAAAGGAGUAUUUAUACCAAAACGACAGAGGAUAAAGAGAAAGGAGCGAGGGCAUUGGCGUCGGUGUCUGUCAAUGACGUGCAAGAUUUCCCCCCAAAUAUCAUUGUCCAGCAGUCAUGUGUGCCCUUUUCUGAAGAUCCAACCCACCCAUCAGCACCAGUUACUAACAUAAUGAACAUCACAAUGAACUGCUCCGGGUCACAUGGCAAACAUGAAAUUCAAGAAAGUUUUCAAUUGAAUACUUCUGACAACAAGACCUCACUUGUUUUAAUAAACACAAAAGGGAAUUGUGCUGAUGUGUUUUUAAAGAGUAAAUGUGAGAAGACAUGGUUACCAAAAAAUAAGUCAUGUGAGCAGUCGUUCCAAAAUGUGACUAAUCACAACGGGAAUCAAAGCUCAAACUACAGGUUUACCUUUGGCAACACGAGUGAACACACAGAGUCUCAUUGUGAUUCCAAAUAUGUCCCUCCAACAAGCGCCUGGGACAACACACUGUGGGGGCAAUGCUGCAGGGAUCACAAACAAACACCAACAGACCUAAUGUUGACAAAUCAUCCAUCUACACCAAGACCAUCGUCAAAUAUCAAAUCUCAAGGGAAGAGGAAAAACUUUGACAAAAGCAUCAGAAGUGGUCAAUUCUGGGACAUUUGUCCACCCAAAGAGUUUGCAGACUUAAGAAAUAAUACUUUGGAGGAAUUAACCGACUGCCUGGCUUCCUGUAGAAUUGGUGCUCAAAGUCCUGCAGAUAAAAAGCCAAUGCAAUUUCACGCAAACAUUACUAAUAAUGAAGAAUCUAAACGGCAAUUUUCUUUACAAGCAGGAGAAACAGCAGAGGUGGCACCUUGGUUCCAUAGAUUAGCAGAACCAGCCAGCUAUGAGCCAAUGCUCAUGAGACCCUCCUUGUCCAGGUCCAACUUCACCAAAGAUUUCAUUAACUGUCAGCAGAAAAAAUCCUUGAUUAGAAACAACGGUAUGGCCACUGUGGAGCACAGAGGACGGUGGUCUCCAAAGAAAAGACACCAGACAUAUCCUGGGAGGUCACAGGGUCCUGGAUCGAUGCAGGAAGAUCUUCUGUCCCCAUGUACUAAAUCAUUUCCCUCUUUAGUCAUGCACUCACUGCUUCUGCAAACUGAAGGGCUGGGAAGGAUUCACCGGGGUACGGACAGGUUCUCUGCAUUCGGAAAUGAUCAUUUUCCACAAUACAAGGCCCGCCUUGCCUCCGAAGACCCAAACAGUUGCGAUGAAAGGCAGUAUGUCACCGAUAUGACCAGCUCUGAAGAUAUACCUGAUGAUGAGUUCAUGGUCAAUGAGCAGUGUCCAAGACCAAUCAGUUACCCCCCUCAAGAGCUCAGACAGCAGGAUGGAGACAUCAAACAGAGCAUAGCCAUGGAUGUACGUAGCGGGGGGACAGACAGUGAUCCUGGUAAAGAAAUGGAGGAAGUCAAAUUUCACAGCUCAGAGCUCCACGCAGAGAAGUUGAGUCACAGAGCCCUUGCCAUACAAGCGACCCCUCCAUCCUGCAGAGGACCAGAGGAACAAAUAUCAAAGAGGCAUCCUGCAACAUCACUCCUCAAGGUCCAGGUUGAAAUUGAAAGCCCAGUUUUGCCUAAACAUAUUAAGUCGUUGGUCACAACAGUACACGUUAAUGCACUCAGGCAAACAACACACAGUACAGCUGACCUGGGAGUCCCUUACAUGUUCCCUUUGCAGGAGGGGGGCGUUUGUUCAAUCAACACAAUGGAGAUUGCAGAUGAGAUUGAAUCUAUACCAUUUGGUGAAAAAACAGGAAAUGCCAGCCCUUCUUUACCACUAAUAGCUGAGCAGAGAAAGGAUGAGCAAUUGAACACAGCAAGAAGGAUAACAGACAAUCCUGACCAACCUGCAGCCACUGCAUUACGUCCUGCUGACAGUUCUAUUGAUGCAGAAACCCAUGUGACAGAGCAGCUCAGUAAAACGGCCGGGGAAGAUGAACACAUAGUAUCUGGAUCCUCCAAGGAGCAUCAAAAACCAGUGGUUCAUAGAGACCCGGACAGCAGUGGCUCUGACCACUGGCUUAUGAGGCGAAAGCUCUUCAAGGAGAGCAAGGAACGGAGCUCCGCUGGAGGAAGCUCAAUGACCAGUGAUAUCACAGAGGAAUCAGUCUCAGAGGAUUCUCGCUCUAUGGAAAUUCCAAUUCAAGACAAUGAAGACAGUGGCUUUUACACAGAGACUUUCCAUUCUUCACCAUGGAUUUACCAAGGAGAUGAUGCAGACUCGGCUUUUAUUCCACCCAACCUCAAAAACAAAACUCGAGCUGUCUCAAUACGGGAGAGGACGGUUAAGAUCAGCAGAGGGGAAGGAGAAUAUCCCUGGGGAUUUAGAAUACAGUUUUCUAACCCCAUUGUGGUUACAGAGGUUGACACAAAUGGGCCUGCUGAGGAAGCAGGGUUGAUGGUAGGAGACUCGGUGCUAUCUGUCAAUGGAACCGAUGUAACCAGCAUUUCCCACUCGGAAGCUACGGAUUUGGCCAGGCAAGGUCCAGAUGUUCUAACGCUGACUAUUGGGUCGGACAUUGCUCGUGGUCCAAACACCCCCAGACCAGCUUGUCGCGGUUAUCUUUACAAGCGUACCCAUCGCGGCCUGUUUAAAGGCUGGAGGAGGAGGUGGUUUGUGCUCACACAUGACUGCUGCCUUUUCUACCACAGACAUAAACGGGAUGAAAGAAAAAAGCGGGCUUUGUUUGCAGUAAAACUGGAAGGGGCUGAAGUGGGACCAGAUCUUUCCCUGGGGAAACCCUUUGUGUUCAAGUGCCGCCCUCAAUCCAGUAGCCGGGUGUACUUCCUCUGUGCCACUUCCAGCCAGGAGAUGAAACGGUGGCUUGAGGCUAUGGAGAAAGCUAUUCAUCCCAUCACACAGAACCAUGUGUGGGUGGAUGUCACCAGACACAACUCCAAUCUGCCUCCGCUGGCUGUGAAAACCCCCGAGUGUCUUGGACUGCUUCAUAAAAUGGAUAAAAACCAGGACGCAUGGGUACAGCACUACUGCAUUCUGAAGGAUGGUUGUCUCUACUUGUACAACGGGAUCCGUGCAUCUCAUGCACAUGGUGGGAUUUACCUUCAGGGAUACAUGGUGCGAGAGCAUUCCUAUGGAUCCAAGAAAUCCACUAUUGAGCUGAGACCUCCAAAUGAUGAGUUCAAGGUUUUCCACCUCUGUGCUGAAAAUCCUCAUGAAAAUAAAAGAUGGAUCAUAGCUCUCAAAGCUUCAAUAAUGAAGUGGCUACCUUCACGUUCAGCCUUCCACGAGUACAUGAAUCGGCCUUUAGAAGAGACCAGAAUGUGAGUGAGACGCACCCUAUGGAUUGCUGGAUGCUCAUGUGGUUUGUAGCUGACAGCACCACAAUGUUACUCUGGGAUGUCUGGAGUGAAUUAGUUUUAGUAUUCCCCUUGGCCUAUGCAUGCUCAUUUACAUACAGCUCAAUUGCAAAAACCAAAGUGCAAAAGGGAAGGAUGAGAACAGAAACUGUACCAAAUAGUGCUUCAUUUAAGCAUACGUGUGAAAUCACAGUUGGAAUAUGUCAAUUUGUAAAUGUAUCCAUGAAAUGGAAAUGUACCAUUGUUUCUUCCUUUACAUAGUAUUUCUUUAAGAGGUUAUCCUGAACACUUUCCUUUUCAGUCAGCAAUGCUGCUAAAUGCUUAAGAUGGGUUGAAAGCAGAGGUCAUAUUUUUGGUACGUUACUAUAGAUGUGUAUGACAAUUUAAAAACACUUGAAGUUUAACGCCAUUUAAAUUUCUCAUGAAUACAUUUUUUUGGGAGAUUUCAUUUUGUAAUAUGAAAUAAUGUCACUAACUUGCUUUUAUACCGAUUCUGUGUUAAUGUGUUUUGGUUUUUAUUGCUCCAUUACAAACUUUAACAAUAUUUGUGUUUUGAUACUGCUGUUAGUCACGUUAUGACAGCUAGUAAUGCAUCCAUGUGUUUGCCAAAUAAAUUCUGUAAUCAAAUUGUUUUGAGUCUAUUUCUGUUACUUAAUUUGGAAAAUAUUAUGUAGCAAAUGCUAAAGAUGUAAGGGUAGAUUCACCUGAAUCAGAAAAUGAUUAGCAGAAGUUAUGAGAUUCGUUGUGCAAAAGACAGACGCUCAGGGAGUGACACCUGGGUGGCGUUUGAUAAAGAUCUGGUUCUGGCUUGUGCAUGUGAUUCGGAACAGCGUGAAAGAAAGACACAGUUCUUUUAAACACAAUUUUUACAUCUUUAAACACCUGCGUACACCUGUGAUUUGCUCGACAAAUGCAGCUCAUCCUAAAGUCAACUAACAUUAGCCAAAGUGUGAGCUAGCCUUGUCUAAACAACCAACGUAAUUUCACAUUAAUAUUGGUGUAAAAACAAAUCUUCCACUAUAUCAUAUAAUAAAUAAGGACA